AUGAAAUAAUCAAAAGUUAACAAAUUCUUCACAAAUUUAACAGGAAGUCAAAUAGUAUGUCAUAUGCCCUCUCUAACAACAUCUACAAGCAGCAAACAUUAUUAAAAUGCAAGCUCCACAGCCUCUAGUGGAAAUAAAUAUUUAGUUUACUCAAAACGCACAUCUCGUAUCCUUCUCGAUUCAACCAAAAAACUCCCCCUUUUUUCUCAUGUGAUGAACACAGAAACUUAGGAUACUCCUAAAACUGUAACAGUUAAAAAGAGAAAGGCAAGUGGAAAUUCUGGAGACUUUCGUAUUGCUCAUUCACAUUUAAGAAACAAAACAGAGAAUCUUGCCAUUACUAAAAACGAUUAUGUUUCUAAAUUAGACUUUCCAAAACAACAAUUUGAAGAUGUUCAACAACCAAACCUAUAACCAGACAUUUAACAAACAGUCAAAACUCCUUAAUUAAUAGAGCAUACUGUUGAAAUUCAGUAGAUAUCUCUAACAUCAAGUAGAAACGAAAAUAUCACUCAUCUAGUAAAACCCUAACUUCAUCUUGAGGAAAUAUUGGGGGAAAACUAUGAGUUCCCAAAAAUGGCUCGAGUAUUUCACAAAAUCAAAAGAACAUAGAUAUAACAACAGAUUACAGAGAUAGAAUCUUUGAACGAGAAGAGUUGUCAUCUGAUGAGAAAACUAAGAUAAAUGCUGCAUACUCACAGAGAUAAACAGAAAUUAUUAGAAUUGGAAAUCAAAAAGAAAAAGGACCCUUUUAUAGAUUUAUAAUUUUAAAAAACAUUAAGCAAUAUGCCAGAGGAAAGAACACCAAAAGCUAUUGAAUCAAAAUUUAAUUUUAAGUUAAGCACUAUCACAAAAAAAUAAACUAAAAUUCAUCCCAAUUAUAGUAUCUAAGAAACCGAGUCUAAUCUACCUAUUAAAACAAUUAUUGAUGCUCUAAAGGAAAAGAAAGAAGAUAAAAUAGAAAAAAAUAAAGUUGAUAAAUAAUUAAUAAUUCAACCGGUCUAAAAAAAGAAUAUCAAAGUAACUGUUGCUUUUGAAGAAAAUCAAAAAUAGAUCGAAUUUCAUAUGCCAAAUUAUAUAGAAGAUGUCAUUUAGGACCAUGAUUAAUAGAUUGAAGUAAAAGACAAUAAAAACUCAAAUAUUUAUUCUUUAGUCAGUAAAUCAAUGUUACAAAAGUAUACAUUUUAUAUAUAUUAUAAGCAAAUUCGCUUUGAGAUUAGUCAAGAAAUUUGGAGACAAAGUCCUUAACACUUAACAAGAUAAUGAUGCCAUUGAAAAUUUCAACUCUUUUAAGGCUUCAUAAUUUGCAAGAUAUUACUUACAGAAUCACGUUUAAAAAUGUUUAGAAAUCUUAUAUGAGCCAUAAUAAGAUCAGGAGGAAAAGCAAAACAAAAAUAUAACACAAUACGCUUUUUUUAAGGGUAACAACUCUUCAGAAAUAUUUCAAGAUGGUUCAAAUAAAACUUCUUUUUAACUUCUUAAAUUAAAUGUAUACAUAUUUCUUCAAUUUAAGAAGUAAUGCGAAGUAGAGACUUUGUUUCAUACUGUUGAAUGUAAUCAUUAAGGGUAUCCAAGUGAUAACAGUAUUUUGAGUGCAAAUAAUUCUUAAUUGGAUAUUAGUGAUGGAGAAAUACAGACUUAAUUUAAAAUCAAUUACAUUUGUUAAAUAGUAAAUUUAAUAUCUCCAAACGAUCUGAAGCAACAGAAAUUACGAGUUAUUGUAAACAUAGUGGAUGAUGAUACUAAAAAUUAGUUUUUACAUAAAGAACUCAUGAGAUUCCCAGAAAUAAUUAAUUUAGUUAUCCAAAACGAGGAUGAUUCAGAAAACAAUUGUAUAUUAUCUAUCAUUAAAUAGAGAGUUAUAGAUUCUUAACAAUUUACAUAAGUAAUUAUUGUAAGUAGACUAAACAAAUUUAAAAACUGAAUUUUCCUAAACAUACAACUAGAUUUUAAUUGGAUUAUUUGAAGAAUAAAUAUACCAUCAAAUAACUCCAAUGGAAAAGAUAUAUGUUUAAUUAUGUAAAACUCAAAAAGAUUUAGACUUAGCAAAACUUAAUGAUCGAUAAUUUGCUAAUCUAAAUAUUCCUUAAAAUUCUAAAAGUAGACUUGCAUCUCCAAUAGGAUCUGUAUUCUAUUUAUUUUAUUUCAGAAUGAAUCAAAGUUGACUGUCAAAGAAAUGAAUCCAUUAUUUGCUAAAGGAAUGAUUUUAAAAAAGAAUUAGAAGUCAAAAAAUUUAUUAGCAAAUUAGAAGUUUUCUUCCUCAUCAUAAAACAUCAUGUUUGCUAGUUCUAAGAAUUUUUAAGGUUUGUUACAUACAAACAAUAAGUCUAAUCCCAAUUUUUAAUAUUUUUAGUGCUCUGAAACUAUUCAAAACUUAUAAUAAUAAAAAGAAGCAGAAUAAAUUAAAUCUAAAUCGGAAUAAUAAGCUAAGUCCAAGUCUUCUCAAGGAUUAAUUUCAAUCAAAUCCAAUUUUAUCACCCAAUAAUCAAUGGAACCCACUUCUCUACUUUUUAGAAGUAUGUUAUUACAAGAAAGCUAACAAAAUGAUAAAUCCAACAUUGAAAGAGCGUUCUCCCUAAUAGAGGAUCAUCGAUUGCAAGACUUAAAAGACUUGCUGAAUCAUGAUUAGAAUAUCAAUAUAAACACUUAAGAUGAAAAUGGGAAUACCUUUUUAAUAUAAGCAGCAAGAACAGGAGCAUUUGAAAUAAUUUCUUUCCUACUUCGCCAAGGAGCAGAGAUUGCCAUAAAAAAUGUAUGUUAUGUAUUUGAUAUAGAAUGAUGGGUUGAAUGCUUCACAAAUAGCAAUCAUUCAUUUAUAGUUUGAAGCAGCAGAUGAGAUUAAUAGAUUUAGUAGGUCAAAUUCAUUUGCAUCCCAUUGA